CAGAACGACGGUGCGACAUCCUGCCAGCGAAGAGCUCCUCGCUGCUGAUGUUAGUUUUUCUCGUCAACGCGCAGCUCUUACACACGCAACUUGACCUGACCCGGUAUAAUCCAGAAAGUCAUCCUCGCCUCGGUCGACAAGGUCUUGACCGAUCGCUUCAUCUGUCUCCGACCUGUCGAGAGAGAGAGAGAGAGAGAAAAAAAAAAAGGCUCAUCCGCCUCGGCGCGCUGUCCAAAGCCCGCGCGUCAGAGGAAGUGAAUGGUGCGUUGAGAGAGCGCUCUGUGAGGGCUGUUCACAAGGAGAGAGAGAGGAGAGGAUCGAGGCGCACGCUACGGAGUCCUGACUUGUUUACCCUGCACCGGGGCACUGAGGAGCACCGUUGCGCAGUCUUUUACGCACAACCAAGGAGCGGACCGGAGCGGGCGCCCGUCCGUCCGUCCGUCGCCACCAUGUCAGCGGCAACAGCUUCGAUAGCAGACGUGUCCAGGACUGAUUUCGCAAACACAGAUGACGGCCGUGACCGGAAUAAAUCAGGUCAGGCCCAGUGCACGCCCCAGCCCCUGCCGGCCCUGGGUACCCAGAGGAUCAUCCAGGGCAACGGUACCAAUGUGGGCACAGUCAUUUCCCUGCAGUGCCCGGACAAACACAAACUAAUCGGAGGUCAGCUGAUGUGCAUCAUGGACACCAACAGCACCCACUGGGUUGGGGGGCCCUACUGUAAACCUAUGUCUUCCUUCGAGGACUAUGGGUUCCGCGUGGCUGUGCUGGCAUCCAUUGUCAGCUCAGCCAUCAUCCUCAUCAUGUCUGUGGCCUUCAUCACCUGCUGUUUGCUCGACUGCAUCAAAGAGGACAAGAGGAAACAGGAGGAGAGGGAUGCAGAAGUGUGGCAGUGGGAGGAGCAGGCCCAGCAUCGGGAGGACAGCAGGUCUCGGUACAGCCAUAACUGCAGGAACAACAACAACAACAACACCCAGGAGAAGGUGCUUUCACUGUGGGACACUGGAAACCCGGCUAUGUGUGAGAACAUGCGAGCCUGCAGGUGUCAUCAGCAGUACACCUAUGGUCCUGGCCAAACAUAUGGCCCGACUCCUCCGCUCUCCACUCUCCCCGGCAACGACUACAACCAGCCUCUCUUACCCCGAUACGCAGAGUCAUUGCAGAUCUCGGGUCCGCCGCCUCAGUACUACGGACCUCCUCAGUCCUCCAGUCGACCUACGAGCCCAGGCAUGGUGCAGAUCUCGGCCGCGGGGCCUGGUCUGGUGUGGCAGUAUGGAGGACAGCAGGGCGGCUUGUCAAACGCAGAUGAGUCUAACUCGAGGAACAUAAACCCUGCCAAGGAAUUUUCCAUACGGAUUAUAUCAGUGUGAAACAAGAGCUCGUCUGCUGACCAAAUGUAUGUCACUGUCACCUGUAUCAAUGAGGACUAUGGGAAAUAGUAACUGAACUGAUCUUGUCGAAAUGUGUAUGUCUGCAGUUCUACACAGUGUGAGGGCUCUGUACUGUAUAGACAUGCUGAUCUGACAGACUCAUGUGCCUUUUGUAAACUGUUGUGGCACACCGCCCUCUGUCUGAAAAGAAAAGCUACUGCACUUCCAGGACGCCGGCCUUGUUGGACGACUCCCUGUAAUUGAGCUUUCCAGGAACAAGCUUGACUGUUAUGCUGAGGUUAAAGUUAAUGACCGAGGUUUACUUUGUAGGCAGCUGAGGAAGUUGGUGGACUAGAGCAGCUGGGAAACCGCUGGCCAGUAUGUAAAUACAAUUUUUAAAGAAUGUAAAUAAAUGAAACACUUCUGGUAACGAUGGAAGGAG